GUAUAAGACCUCGUACCGAGGCAGCCAGGAACAUAUACAAGUAAACCUUUGUUUAUACCUCAAGUUCUCAGCAAUGUUCAAGUUUCGUUUCACCGUGGACAUGUUAUUAACAUCGGUAUUAAGCUUAAUCCUAUGGAAAUCCGGUUCUUCGUUUGAGAUGUACACUUUUGACGACACUCCUGGUCUGGGCCGUGUAUUUGAUGGGAUAGGAGCCAUUAGCGGAGGUGGGGCAACGUCAAAACUACUUGUUGGAUACCCUGAACAGCAAAGAAAUGAGAUUCUGGAUUACUUGUUCAAGCCGAACUUCGGAGCUUCGUUUCAUAUUCUUAAAGUCGAAAUUGGGAGUGACACCCAAAGCACAGAUGGAACCGAGUCCACCCACAUGAGAACACCGGACGAGGAGAACUAUGACCGGGGUUAUGAAUGGUGGCUCAUGCUGGAGGCGAAGAAGCGUAAUCCAGACAUAAAGAUAUAUGGGCUCCCGUGGGGAUUCCCUGGCUGGGUUGGAGGAAGCACCGGGAAUAUCUAUGUUGACCCUGAUCGGACAGCUAUGUACGUCGUCAAGUGGGUAAUGGGGGCUAAAGUUCACCACAAUAUAACAGUGGAUUACGUUGGGAUCUGGAAUGAGAGGUUGUACAACACAACAUAUAUUAAGUCUUUGAGGAAGAACCUUGAUGCAAAUGGUUUACAGAACACAAAGGUCAUCGCUGCAGAUGAUGGCAGUAAUAUCUCCUGGUCAACAUUAACAGCAGACAUACUUGCAGACCCACAGUUGGCAGCGGCAGUUUAUGGAAUAGGGGUUCACCACCCUGGGACAUUUUCCACCCCAUCUGCCAUCGCCACGGGGAAGCCACUUUGGGCGUCAGAGGACUACAGUACCCCCAACAACCAGACGGGAGCGGGAUGCUGGGCCAGGACACUUAAUCAAAACUAUGUAAAUGGAAAUGUGACAGGCUGCAUUGCCUGGGCGUUGACAACCAGUUGGUAUUAUGCGCUACCUUACUUUGAUCACGGUUUGAUGAACGCUUUUGAACCUUGGAGUGGUAAUUAUGAAGUGUCCAGUCCUAUCUGGGUUACAGCCCACACAACACAGUUUACCAGAAUUGGAUGGAGAUAUCUGAAGCACGGUUCUGGUGCUGGGAAACUGUCUCGCGGAGGAAGCUAUGUAGCACUGGUCAGUCCCGACGGCAAGGAUUUCACCAUCAUUAUUGAGACAAUGAGUCAUGAUGGAUCCGUGUGUUGGAACCCCAAAUCUAUCCCAUGGUAUGACGUCUCGCCUCAGAACAUCACUCUCGUCUUUGAUGGAAGUUUGGCUGGUAUAACCCACUUCAACCCGUUCUUCACACAGCUGCACGCUCCCGGGGAACCAACCAUCUUCAAACAGUUGCCUCCCAUAGUGGUUUUGAACAACCGUUUGGACGUGUACCUUGGCGUGAACCAGCUUCUCACUCUGACCACUCUCGGCCACGGCAGGAAGGGACAAUACCCAACACCUCCUCCAUCUAAACCCUUCCCACUGCCGUACACACAGGACUUCGAAAGUUACAGAAUAGACGAGGAGCCAUAUCUGUUUGCACAGCAGAUCGGAUCAUUUGAAGUUCACCAAGCUGGGGGAAGCCAUGGUCAGGUGAUGCGCCAGAUGACCCUGAGGAUGACCAUUCCCUUUUGUAACCAGACUGCAGCAGGGAUAGCUAUAAUCGGAAAUACUAACUGGACGCACAUUUACGUGGAGGCUGAUGUGUAUGAUGAUGGUACGGAUGCGUCCAAAGGAGUCUUCAUUGCUGCCAGGGUCUCAAAGAGAGGAUGCAAGACCAACUCAUCACAGGGCGUGUUUUUCUUUUUCUACCCCCAAGAUAACACCUAUCAACUCGCCCCUACUUUGGAUCGAAAGAGCAUUUUACAAGGCGGUGGAGUAGGGGGCGUCACCAAAGGUUGGAACAACAUAUCCUUGAAUGUUGAGGGAACAACAGCGGUGGGCAAGGUCAACAAUAAAACAGUGUUCACCUACUCUGACCUCCCGGCUGAGCCGGACCAAGGCUUUGUGGCUGUAGGAACUGGAUCACUGGGAUACGCGGAUUUCGACAAUGUGAAAAUAACACGUCCUUCUGGAACAUGAGUUCCUUCAACUGUCCAGAGAAGCGCUUCUUUGACGCCAAUUUAUGUACGAGUCUGAAUAAAACUUCACAAUUAACA